AUGAUGAUGAUGUCCUUGAACAGCAAGCAGGCGUUCAGCAUGCCGCACGGCGGCAGCCUGCACGUGGAGCCCAAGUACUCGGCCUUGCACAGCGCCUCGCCCGGGUCCUCUGCACCCGCGGCGCCCUCCGCCAGCUCUCCGAGCAGCUCGAGCAAUGCUGGCGGCGGCGGCGGGAGUGGCGGGGGCGGUGGAGGCCGGAGCAGCAGCUCCAGCAGCAGCGGCGGCAGCGGCGGCAGCGGCGGGGGCUCCGAGGCGAUGCGGCGAGCGUGUCUUCCAACCCCACCGAGCAAUAUAUUCGGCGGGCUGGAUGAGAGUCUGCUGGCCCGCGCCGAGGCUCUGGCGGCGGUGGACAUCGUCUCCCAGAGCAAAAGCCACCACCAUCAUCCGCCCCACCACAGCCCCUUCAAGCCGGACGCCACCUACCACACCAUGAAUACCAUCCCGUGCACGUCGGCUGCCUCCUCUUCGUCGGUGCCCAUCUCGCACCCGUCCGCGUUGGCGGGCACGCACCACCACCACCAUCAUCACCACCAUCACCACCAUCAGCCGCACCAGGCGCUGGAGGGCGAGCUGCUGGAGCACCUGAGUCCCGGCCUGGCGCUGGGUGCCAUGGCGGGCCCCGACGGCGCCGUGGUGUCCACGCCCGCUCACGCGCCGCACAUGGCUACCAUGAACCCCAUGCACCAAGCUGCUCUCAGCAUGGCUCACGCGCACGGGCUGCCCUCACACAUGGGUUGCAUGAGCGACGUGGACGCCGACCCCCGGGACCUGGAGGCAUUCGCCGAGCGCUUUAAGCAGCGACGCAUCAAGCUGGGGGUGACCCAGGCCGAUGUGGGCUCCGCGCUGGCCAACCUCAAGAUCCCCGGCGUGGGCUCGCUCAGCCAGAGCACCAUCUGCAGGUUCGAGUCCCUCACUUUGUCUCACAACAAUAUGAUCGCGCUCAAACCCAUCCUGCAAGCGUGGCUAGAGGAGGCGGAGAAGUCUCACCGGGAGAAGCUCACCAAGCCGGAGCUCUUCAACGGCGCGGAGAAGAAGCGCAAGCGCACGUCCAUCGCGGCGCCAGAGAAGCGUUCGCUGGAAGCCUACUUCGCCAUCCAGCCGCGGCCCUCCUCCGAAAAGAUCGCCGCGAUCGCCGAGAAGCUGGACCUUAAGAAAAACGUGGUGCGCGUCUGGUUCUGCAACCAGAGGCAGAAACAGAAAAGAAUGAAAUAUUCUGCGGGCAUUUAG